CUUGCUAUUUAAAGAUUUUUGUUUGAAUGAAAUUAAUGAAGCUGUACCUCAGGUGAAGUUUUAUGAAGAGAUAAAAGAAUACGAGAAGCUUGAGAAUGAAGAAGACCGCCUUUGCAGAAGCCGGCAGAUUUAUGACAGGUACAUCAUGAAGGAGCUGCUGUCCUGUUCGCACCCGUUCUCAAAGCAAGCUGUAGAACAUGUACAAAGUCACCUCUCCAAGAAACAAGUGACAUCCACUCUUUUCCAGCCCUACAUAGAAGAAAUCUGUGAAAGUCUUCGAGGCAACAUUUUCCAAAAAUUUAUGGAAAGCGACAAGUUCACCCGAUUUUGCCAGUGGAAAAACGUAGAAUUAAACAUCCAUUUGACCAUGAAUGAUUUCAGCGUGCAUAGGAUCAUUGGACGAGGAGGAUUCGGUGAAGUGUAUGGUUGCAGGAAAGCAGACACGGGAAAAAUGUACGCAAUGAAAUGCCUGGAUAAGAAGAGGAUCAAGAUGAAGCAAGGAGAAACAUUAGCAUUAAACGAGCGGAUCAUGUUGUCUCUUGUGAGCACAGGGGACUGUCCUUUCAUUGUCUGUAUGACCUAUGCCUUCCAUACUCCAGAUAAACUGUGCUUCAUCUUGGAUCUGAUGAACGGGGGUGAUUUGCACUAUCACCUUUCCCAGCACGGGGUGUUUUCUGAGAAGGAGAUGAGGUUUUAUGCCACUGAAAUCAUCCUGGGGCUGGAGCACAUGCACAAUCGGUUUGUUGUUUACAGAGACUUGAAGCCUGCAAAUAUCCUCUUGGAUGAACACGGACACGUCAGGAUAUCUGAUCUCGGUCUUGCCUGUGACUUUUCCAAAAAGAAGCCACAUGCAAGUGUGGGCACCCAUGGGUACAUGGCUCCGGAGGUGCUGCAGAAGGGGAUGGCGUAUGACAGCAGUGCCGACUGGUUCUCCCUGGGCUGCAUGCUUUUCAAGCUCCUGAGAGGGCACAGCCCUUUUAGACAACACAAAACCAAAGAUAAACACGAGAUAGACCGGAUGACCCUCACCGUGAACGUGGAGCUCCCGGAGGCCUUCUCCCCAGAGCUCCGGGCGCUCCUGGAAGGCCUGCUCCAGAGAGACGCCAGCCAGCGGCUCGGCUGCCGGGGAGGAGGGGCACAGGAAGUGAAGGAACACAGCUUCUUCAGAGGCGUCGACUGGCAGCAUGUCUACCUACAGAAGUACCCUCCGCCCUUGAUCCCUCCCCGGGGAGAGGUCAACGCCGCUGACGCCUUUGACAUUGGCUCGUUUGAUGAAGAGGACACCAAGGGCAUCAAGCUUCUUGAUUGCGACCAAGAUCUCUACAAGAACUUCCCCUUGGUGAUCUCCGAGCGCUGGCAGCAGGAAGUAGCAGAAACCGUCUAUGAAGCAGUAAACGCAGACACGGAUAAAAUCGAGGCCAGGAAGAGAGCUAAAAAUAAGCAACUUGGACACGAAGAAGAUUAUGCUCUGGGAAAAGACUGUAUCAUGCACGGCUACAUGCUGAAACUGGGGAACCCGUUCCUGACUCAGUGGCAGCGUCGAUAUUUUUACCUCUUUCCAAACAGACUUGAAUGGAGAGGAGAGGGAGAGUCCCGGGUGAGUCUGACACGCCGUCACCAGCACUUGUCCAGCGGUGAGAAGGACAGAAAAUGCCUGGUGGGUAGGAUUCAGGCAGGCCGCUGCAGCGUGUCCCUUUGUGUCUCUGUGCAGAGCGACCCCGAGUUUGUGCAGUGGAAGAAGGAACUGACCGAGACGUUUAUGGAGGCCCAGCGGCUGUUGCGACGUGCCCCCAAGUUCCUCAACAAGUCCCGCUCCAGCGUGGUCGAGAUGUCCAAGCCCCCCCUCUGCCACAGGAACAGCACUGGCCUCUGACACCCAGGCACGAGGGUCCUGGGGAGACAGGGCUGCGAGGAAGCCCAUCCGGGGUUUUCAGCUCCUGAGACGGAGCCUUCUGGAGACGUCCAGGGGUCGGAGGUUCGGUCCCCUUGUCCCUAGGGCCUCUCCACGGCCGGGAGGGCCCAGGAAACUGAGGUGCUCCCGGUAGGAGCUCCGACCGCCUGCGGGCAGGGGCCGGCCUCCCUCCCCGCUUUCCCUCCCCGAGUGCCUCCUAUGUAUCACCUCUGUCCACACUCGGAACUACUGAAGAAACCAGUGAAAGUUCUCCUCCUUCGUCACCUACUGGUUUGGGCAUAUAUGAACUUAGGACUUGAAAUGAUUCCUGCCUGUCCCUUCAAUCUGUAUGUCUGAUCAUCAAACACACGUUACAUUUGCCGGGACGGCGUGGCGUCGGGCACAGACAGCCCCAGUGAGGCCGCGUUUUACGUACUGGUUCUGUUUGCAUCUGCCCCCCUGCUGUGGGGCCGGAUGUCAGCCGGGGCGCACUGACCUCUCGUUGCCCUGGGCUCAGAGCCGAGGGUCCUUGCCGAGGGUCCUUGCCGAGAAAGCUGCACGCAGGCCCCCGCUGUGGGUCGGAACCACACAGGCCCCAGCCUGCCUCCGACGGGGAACAGACGGAGCGUGCCCUCAGAGGAAGGUGGCAGUCACUCGUAGUGGAGCCCGGGAAGGCCUGACGGGCCCCGAAGGCGAGGCAGCGGGGUUUUGGCUCCCAGGGCCACAGGGAUUGUUCAGACAUCUUCAAAUAAACGAAAUAGCACUUUCGCAUGUCUGGGUGUGCAGGACGCGGGGGGGUCAGUCCGUCAAAGGUUCUGACAGUAGGCAGUUCCCGGACACGCCCAUUCCGGUGCCUUGUGCCUCGGGACACGCGUGCACACGGGUGUGUACAGGGAGGAGAGCCGCUCUGUCUCGCGUCGCAGUCUAACUUACAGUGAAUCCCAUUGACUAAAGAAUGAAUGUGUCCCGGUGGGCUAGCCGUGUCUGUUGACCUUCCUGCGGCCUUGGCCUGUCCGUAGUGAGUGUGCUUUGUCCCCGGGGGUCGCCCCACGCCCCAGACGACGGUGGAGCGCCAAGGCCGGUCGCCUCAUCCCCGAGGCAUCGUCUCCUCUCCCCCUGGUUUGCUCUCCCGCCACGCGACCUGCGCCCUUUUCAUGCCCCAAGUAAAUCCUGGGCUCUAAGAAGUGUGUAACCCAGUGAGGUCCUCUCCAUCAUCAGACUGAAAAUAAGGACAAUAAUUUUUAUCUGUCUUCUUCUUAGUGCAGUCUUGUAUGUUUCUAACGCAUCUACUAGCGAUGUAAACAACUGAUCGUAGCUGUCUGCAUCCUGCCCUCGGUAUUUUCAGUGGGCCCAAAUCUCCGUGUCCUGUGUCCACUGGGGAAUUUGUUAUUUAAAGAAAAGGCCAUCCUUUCUGUUUUUCACAAACUAAAGUGGAAAUGACGCGCGCAGCCAGGUGGGGCGAACAGCCGUCCCCAACUGCCACCGGCUGUUCUCAACAACAGCUUCCCGUCCGCUCCGAGCCGAGAGGCGCCUGCGCUUUCUCCACAGCACCUAACAGCAGCCUUGCCGUGAAGUGCCGCUCGCAUCUACCUCCUCAGAGGCCGUCCUGCCCGUUGACCGGCACCCCGGACGCUCCCUUCUGCGCUGGCCGCGUCAUAAUCGAGUCUUGGUAACGCAUUUUUGCAGGACUCCCUCUUGAUGUCAGUUUUAAAGCCCGGCGUCAUCGAAGCCCUUGGGGCAGGUGGACCUCACCUUCAGGAGCCGAGCGCCGCCUGCGGAACAGCAUCUCCUGCUCCGAGGGGCCGGGUCCCGCCCGACUGGCCGUCGCCCCAGACUCGAUGCUGGACCUGACUUCCCAAGUGCGGAACGAGAGGUCCGCCCUCGGCACUCGUCGUGAGUGGCCAGCUGUGUUUAAGAACACCACUUCCUGGAGCUGCACACUUGACCGUGAUUUUCCCCUGCCCCCUCCCUGCUUCCCAGUGGUUUGGAACACGGGAUCUGAAAGGCAAGUGCCCUCAUAUAGGAUUAAAACUUUGCCAGAGGUUUUAUGUGCAAGGGGCCUUAUUUUCGAGUGGGCAGACCCUUCAGGGUUUAUGUGAGCCAGAGUGGCCGGUCCCUGGGAGAGGGGGUCCGUCCUCACGUGCUGACAUUUCUCUCUGCCUGUCUUCCUCACUGGGCAGCCAUCAACGUGGUAACUUUAACUGUAUUCUUGGCAAAGUGUCACACCCGUAAAGAAAGAAAUUCGCUUCCUGUUGUGCAUUGCCUACAGCAUUAGCUGUUGUAAAUCUAGACGUGCCUGUAAAAUUAUCCUUCGGUUUGCUCUCUCUUCACGUUGAUUGUGCCAGUGGAGGUCUAGAGCCCGCCCCCAGUAGACCCUUGACUAGUGCACGUUUGAAGUCCCAUCCCACGUGAGAAGCCAUUCCACGCCCGCAAGGCACGCGCAGCCCAUUUAGCUGCCGCCGUCUCUCACGGCUAUGUUGGCGCACUGAGGCUGGUUUUCCACGUUGAUAAGCUGCUUAUCUAAAAUCUCAAUAAACAGCAUCUGUACAAAGAGAA